AUGGCAUUCCCUACGGCCACUAUCGGCCCGCUAAACCUACGGCUUCAGCAGGAGAUUUUGGAUCUGAAGGAAACUAUUGCGUAUCUGGAGACCGACAACAAGGCCCUCAAGGAAGAGCGCGUCAUACUGUUGGAAACAUGUACGCAGCUAGAGACGGAAAAUGAAAAUCUAGAUGACACGGCCAAGACUGUUGAAGAGCAACUAGCAGAGACAACACUCGAAAACGAACGUCUCCAGAGGUCUUUGACCAACCUGCAGCAAGGGCACAAUACGCUGCGCAAUGAUCAUGCCGAUUUGAAGGAUAAGCACAAGAAGGCUUUAGAAAAGCACCAAGCUCGGGACAAUCACCUUCAAAAGGAGAUUGAUCAGCUAGAUUGGGAAUGUACACACUUGAAGAAGGAGAAUCGUUCUCUCACGUCCGACCUAAACUCAUUACAGAGGAGCAACAAAGCGCUCGAACAGCACUACGUUGAGACGACAUUGGAGAGAGAUGGGCUUCUGCAGGAACUUGAAGAAUCCGAAAAAGAAGGCGAUUGUUUGAGAGAAGUGAAUGGAUGCCUAGAAAAAGAGCUGAAAAAAAUUCAAACGAAGAAGACAGAGCUUCAGGAUACUUGUCUUCAGAUCACCCAGGAGAAGGACCAACUUGAGGAUGAUCUCGUGGCAGAAGAGAAGGAACAUGACAGGCUUAAGGGGACACACAAGAAAGUGGAAAAGCUUUUCCAGGAGACUGUUCAGAAGUUUCAGGUUAGCACUAGCAAGCUUGAAAGCCAGUACAACCAGGUCAAAGAUAAGAACCUGCAAAUCAAAGAAAAGUACGUCGCUUUGAAGAAACAUAGCGAAGACUUGCAAGCUUCACAUGAGCAAUGGAAGAAAACUGCAAACGAUCUUCAGACGCAAUUAACCCAGUCUGAAGAAAUAAAUGUUCAUCUCAAAGAGAAAUAUGUUCGCCUCAAAGAUAAACAUUCGUCUACCAAGAAAGAGAAAGACCAGUUACAAGGAGAUCUCUUGCGGAAAAAAACUGAAUGCGACUACUUUCAAACGAGCACGAGCAAGCUGCUUGCUGAGCGCAACCAGUUUAAAGAAAAGAACAAGGAACUCAAGGAAGAACAUUCAAGUGCAAAACGUGAGAAAGAGCGGUUGCUGGAUGAUCUUUCAAGAAAGAAGGCUGAAUGCGACUCACUCAGACUCGACAAGGCGGUUUUGGAAGCUGACUCCAUGUCGCGAAUGAGUGAUUCUGUAUCAACCUCUCCAGAUAUCCGGCCCAAACUCGACCUGCCCCAGGUUGGAAUCGACGACACAAUCGUGCAAUCCAUGUUAAGCUACCAGCAAGGAAAGGCUUGGGAUAUCGAAGAAGAUGAUGAUACACCCAGCACCGCCGCCAAGAGGUCGCCUCGUUCCAAACGAACCCGACAGUCGGAUAAUCAGGAUGAAAAAGUCGACGAUUCAGAGCAACAACAACAACAACAACAACAACAACAACAACAAUUCUCUCCUCCAGUAUCUCUCUAA